AUGACCAUCGCCAGCAUCUACAUGCCGCGAUGGAUCAGCUUCGAUCCGUGCGUCGGCAUGUCUAUUGUGGCCUACAUCUUCGACCACCACGAUCGCUUCUCCCUCCCAGGCCACUACCUUGACGCAUCCUGGUCUCUCUGCACCGCCUCGUGGGUGACACUCUUCCUGACCAGUCUGGGCGUGGUAGCCUCGGCGCUGUACCUCCCACCCGAAGGCGACUACGAGCUGAUUCCCGACGAAAACCUCGAAAUCGUUCAAGACGACCAGUAG